UAAGCUCAGAGUUCAGCCACAGCAAAACAAACCCAGAGGAGUCCUGGAAGGGAAAGCUUUUAACUCUAGGUUUUGCUGUUUCAUCACUGGUGUGGAAAGGUUUUCACCUACCAGGAUCAGUUAAACAACAGAAACUAUGUCAUGAGCUAAAGACUCUGAAAAAGCAGCAUCUGCCAGUGACUGUAAGUACCACUGAGAAAGUUUUGCCUUAGGAAUGUGUGGGACAGCCUUUGGGAAGAAACAGCUUUUAUAAAUAUACAGGACCGCUUCUGGACACACAGCUAACUUUUAAGAACAAGAAAUUUCAGAAUCCAUAACACUAAAUCAUGUUGGGGAAAAAAUUGGUGACUGCACAGAAGCGAGGGGAGACCAGGGCACUGUGCCUGGGACUAGGAAUGGUUGCAUGCUCAGUGAUGAUGUACUUUUUUGUUGGGAUCACAAUUAUGCCAUCCUACGUGAACAGUGUUUGGACCAAAGAAACUACGUGCAAACUGCUCAAAACCAACAUCAAGGACAAAGUCCAGUGUUCGUUCAACAAUGGUGAAGGCGAUGAAAACAUUUUCCAGUAUCCUUGUCUAGAGGUGUUGGUUGAUUUGAACUUCUCAGGACAAGAGGUUAUGCUCUAUCAUACCGAAGAAACACAAGAAAGAAAUCCCAAGUGCUCCUAUAUUCCACAAAACUUGAAGAACGACAAAGAAGUUAAAACGCUAAUAGAAAGCGCCGCAGAAAAUUUCCGAAAGCAUCAGACUUUCCCUUGUUAUUAUGACCCAGAACAAAGACAGACAAGUGUCAUUUUAAUAAGGCUAUAUCCUCCAAAGGGCCUUUUCUUCGCUUUCCUCUGGCCUUCCCUUAUGUUGACUGGUGGAGUUCUGAUUAUCAUCAUGGUGAAAGUCAGUCAAUAUAUUUCUGUACUUUCUGCUUGGCAAUACAAAACAAACAUAUAAUGUUCCACAACAAAACAAGCUGAAGUUCCUUUUCCCCCACACUCUGCCUUCUCAGUCUGUACUUCGUAAUUCUUAAAAUGUACCAGGUUCAGUGGUCAGAGUUCUAGAGAAGAGAUAUGUUGUCUGAGUUUAGAUACCAUAUAUUACCAUGGGACUUCUCUGAUGCCUACACUGAUGGCCUGUUCCCUGAAAAUGACCGUUGCUCUCCAUUCAGUUUCCAAUUCACUGCGGUAUACAAUGUGAAUCCAAAGUACUCCAUGUGUAUUGUGUUUGACUAGCACUCUUGACAUGGAUAGCACAGGUAGGGUUGCCAACUUUUUAAUUGCACAAAACUGAAGACCCUUGCCCCGUUUCUUCCACAAGGCUCCGCCUCUGCCCCUUCUCUGAGGCCCCACCCCCCACUCACUCCAGUCCCCUCCCUCUGUCACUCGUUCUCUCCCACCCUCACUUACAUUGGCUGGGGCAGUGGUUGGAGUGCGGGAGGGAGUAAUGGCUCCAGCUGUGGAUGCAGGCUCUGAGCAGAAAUAAGGGGUUCAGGGUGCAGGAGGGGGCUCAGGGCUGGAGCGGUGUAGGCUCCAGCUGGUGGUGUUUGCUCUGGGGUGGAGCAAUGGAUGAGGUUGGGAGUGUGCUCAGGGCUGGGGAAGAGGGUUGUAGUGCAGGAGAGGAUGCAGGAUGUGAGCUCUGGGAGGGGGCUCAGAGCUAGGAUAGGGGUGCGGAAGGGAGU